AUGAACGACGUAGAUAUACACUUUUUGUUGGAUAGUGGGUCCACUGCAACCCUGAUAUCUAGAGAGACAUUCGAGACAUGUGGAGGAGAAGAAAUAUACCCACUGCAUAUGACAGAUAUCAACGUAAAUUCAGUUGAUGGAACAAACAUCACUAUGCAUGGCUUAAUAGAAGCGGACAUUGAUUCUGGAAGUUUUAAAGCACGAACCACUAUUAUAGUAUGUGACAUAUCUCUACCCGGACUAUUAGGACAGGACUUCAUUAUGAAAAACAUAGUUCAAUGGAAUCUGGAGAGAAUGGAACUUAAUACAAAAGAUGGAUAUGCAAUUCAAUGUCAAACAAUGGAGUCUAUUGAUAGAGUGUGUCGUGUAACUGUUGGAGGGGAAAUAGAGAUACCUGCUAAAACCUGCAUGCUGGUGCCAGUUAAAAUACCAAGCUCAGAAUUCUUACCAGAAGUCGCAUUUGUAGGUGAGAUGGAAACUCAUCAAUUGAAUGACAUGAAGGUCAUCAAAGGAAUACUGGACCCGCAUUGUAACGAAUUAUUUAUAGGGGUUAUAAACGAAACUGAAGAUACUUAUACAAUUAAAGAGGGUAAAGAAAUUGGUCGUUGUCAUCCAAUAUUUGAAGAUAGAUUUACAAUGGAUAGAGUCAAUGGAAAAUCGGAAAUGUGUUCAGUCGUGACAGACAAUUUUCACGGAAAUAUGAAGAAGUCUGCGCAAGAUUCUAUGCCAGAACACAUGAAAUCAAUGUUUGACUUAGGAAAAGAGCAUUUGGAGGAUGCUGAUAGAGAGAAGUUUGCAACCUUACUAAGUAAUUACCAGGACGUUUUUGCAAAAGAUUCAGGCGAUCUAGGAUGCACCAACAUGGUGAAACAUAAAAUAAACACAAGGGACUCGUAUCCAAUUCGGCAACCAGCAAGGAGGCAACCAUAUGGGAAACGCGAAACUGAGAAGGAGGAGGUAGAAAAGAUGUUAGAAAAAGGUGUUAUAGAGCCAUCCAAUAGUCCUUGGUCAUCUCCCGUAGUGUUGGUCUCAAAGAAAGACGAUUCUACUAGGUUUUGUAUCGACUACCGUAAACUUAAUGAAGUGACAGUCCAAGAUGCUUACCCCAUACCCAGAGUCGAUGAUUGCCUUGAUGCCUUGUCAGGAUCUAAAUGGUUCAAUACGAUGGAUCUCUGUAGCGGAUUCUGGCAAAUAGAGAGGGAGGAAGAUGACAAGUUGAAAACAGCUUUCUCAACAAGUGGGCAAGGACUGUUUCACUUCCGGGUCAUGCCUUUUGGGCUUGUAAAUCCCUCCACCCACCUUUCAAAGGCUAAUGGAAACCGUUCUAAGAGGGAUACAAUGGGUCGAGUCUUUAUUAUAUAUGGAUGA